AUGCUGAAGAAGGCAGAGCAACUUUUGAGUGGGAAACUGAAAAAGAUCAAGUCUCUGGAGCCUGGAGAAAGGAAGCUGGGAGUCCUGUGGCCUGCUCAGGUGAACCCUCUCAGACAUAGGCCUGGUGUGGAUGCUCUAGGGAGCAAAAACCCUUUGGAAGAGAGAAGCUGCGAAGACACAAUGAAUACUAUGCUAGUUGUUCUUCUUGCCUUGGCUAUCUUUGUGACAUUAUGUGAUGCCUUUUGCUUCAUGAUACCUUUGAAGAUCACUAGAGAGAAGAAUCCUAAAGGUUGCAAGGAUAAUGACAACAUAAUGCACAAAUUCAAAAGUGAAUGGAAAACUGAAAAGUGUGAGAACUGUGUAUGUGAUUCAAGAAGUGGAAUAAAAUGCUGCACCAAUGUUCUUGUUCCUUUGGCUUAUGACAAAACCCAUUGCAAGACAAUUUUCAACAAGAAGAAGUGUCGCUACAGUGUUGUAAGGAAAGACAAUCCCAAAAAAUACUGCAGAGUUAUCCAGUAUGAAAGCUGA